UCUGUCGAAUCAUUUCAUGCCAUUUUUUUGGGGAAGAAUGCGGUCUGUAGGUGGCGUAGGUACAAGGAGUAACCAAAACCAGCCGCCCCCACUCUGCGGUUCCCCUCCCCCGCUCCUCCUCGACUCGGAAACUAAAAGAUUUGCCUAGUCAGAUUUCAAUUCGGAAACUUCACAGUUUGAUAUUUCAGCAUUUGAUCUAGCGUAGCUUAAUGGGUCUUCUCAGUAUCAUUAGGAAAAUCAAAAGGAAAGAAAAGGAAAUGCGCAUUCUCAUGGUCGGGCUGGACAAUUCUGGGAAAACUACAAUUGUUUUGAAGAUUAAUGGGGAGGACACUAGCGUAAUUAGUCCUACUCUUGGUUUCAACAUCAAAACCAUCACCUACCAAAAGUAUACUCUCAAUAUAUGGGAUGUUGGGGGCCAAAAGACAAUAAGAUCUUAUUGGAGAAACUACUUUGAGCAAACAGAUGGUUUGGUCUGGGUAGUUGAUAGUUCAGAUUUAAGAAGGUUGGGUGAUUGCAAAAUGGAGCUGGAUAACCUUUUGAAGGAGGAGAGACUAUCUGGAGCAUCUUUGCUGAUACUAGCUAACAAGCAGGAUAUUAAAGGUACCCUUACACCUGAAGAAAUAGCCAAGGUGCUGAACUUAGAAGCCAUGGACAAAUCACGGCACUGGAUGAUAGUUGGCUGCAGUGCAUUUACUGGUCAGGGUCUGCUUGAGGGAUUCAAUUGGCUGGUCCAAGACAUAGCCUCUAGAAUCUACAUGCUUGACUAAUCGUUUUUCAUGAAAUAGUUCCAAUCUCUUACCUGAUAUGCUGGUUCAGGGGACAUCGUGAGUGUACUGCAUCCCUGGUAAAUUGGAUAUCAUUUCUGAAUGCAUGCUAGUUUUUGAACGCAGCAACGUAAUAGCGGAUUGCUGAUUCACAAGAAUGUGAAACCUACUUGUGAGAAUGUGAACAUUGCUGAGUUCUUCUAUGCACAUGGAGUAGCUGUGAACUUAAACAUGUUGGUGCUCUGAACUUGUUGAUGUUCAUAUGAAUGUGUAGUGGACCUUUGCUAUAUUUCAUAAUUUUAUCUGAACUCGUGGGGGAAUGAACAAUAUCUUUCAACACAAUAGAAAGACUUCAUGAUUCUUUUUCUUCAA